UUCAUAAUGCUAACAAGAACUGAUGUUUUUAACACAAUUUACAUUGUUUUUUCUUUUUUCUAAGUUUACCUAGUUAGCAUGUAGGCCACGCAGUCAGGAGAUCUGUAUGGAAUUUGGUUCCAUCUUCAAUGAAACCUCAACAGGAAACCAACUGAAGCCUAAGUAUCGAUCUUUUACAUUGGUAUCGAUAAAUAUUGAUACUAACGUUGGUAUCGACAUUUCCAUAUUUGGUUUAGAGAGCCACACUCCACUUCAAAAGGUGGCGGUAAUGUACAACAACAAUUGCUUGCCAACCGCCAAUAAACAACAAAAAAGAGGACCCAAUAAACCAUAGAGCAGUCUCCAAUGCGCCAGUCAUUUUAAUGAUUUUAGUGCGCAUGCUCCACCGAAAGUCCCGACAGUCACGUGACACGAGUUUAGGAAGCUGGUCGAAGUUUGUGCUUCCUUGAAGUAAAACCCGCGACUCUGCCCAAAACAACUUGCCGAAAGGGGGCUGGGACGUCACCGCAGCGCUACCAAAAGUCUCCCCUGGAGUUCGGGCCCUCAUCCCAGCCCUAUGUCAUGGCAAGUGAAGUCACCAAGGCAGCCAGUUCCAAUGGUUACCCGAUGAAGGCACAGCUACAAAUUACUGUGCUAUCAGCGAAACUGAAAGAGAACAAGAAGAACUGGUUUGGUCCCAGUCCUUAUGUGGAAGUCAACGUCGAUGGCCAGUCCAAAAAAACUGAGAAAUGCAACAAUACCCACAGCCCCAAAUGGAAGCAGCCGCUCACUGUUAUUGUGACUCCAUUCAGCAAGCUAGUAUUUCGCGUGUGGAGCCACCAGACCCUGAAGGCUGACAUUCUUCUUGGCAUUGCCAUUUUGGACAUCAGUGCUACGCUCAAGUCUAACAACAUGAAAAUCUCUCAGGUGGUGCAGACCAUCCAACUAUGUGCAGACAGAGACCAAACGGAUGUGGUGGGAGACCUGUGCGUCUGCUUGGAUGGCAUGACAGUUGACCCCGAGAUGUUUGCCAAAGCUGAAGUCGACCAUCAGAAUAUGUCAAAUGGAGACUCACAGCAGCCCAAUGGAGAGCAUACGCCAAGACAGAGCCGAGACAGUUCCCCCACUGUGGACAGCAUAGAACACCGUUCAUCUCCUCGGGGGCGAAGGUCAGGGACCAUCGCCGGUUCUCCGAGGGUGUCGACUGGAAGCGUGCGCCCUCUGCGACCACCUCGGCCCUCCCGGCCUCCACCUCCAACCCCACGUAGACCCACCUCUUCACCAGCAUCUACCAGCAAUAGCUCUGCACCAACCGAAAGCAGCAACGUUCAGCCAGGUUCAGAGACACCAGUGCGUACUACUACUGUCCCAGGACCUUCAGCAGCACCAGACUCUAGUCCUUCAACGAGCGACAGGAACGCCACCGCAUCUACAGCUACCAGCUCCGGACCUCCAGCAACCAGACAGCCAACCAGCAACAUUGGCCCUGCUGUUAACUCCAGGGUGCCUGCAGUCAACUCCGGACCUUUACCUCCCGGCUGGGAGCAAAGGGUGGACCAGAACGGCAGGUUAUAUUUUGUUGACCAUGUUGAAAAGAGAACAACAUGGGAGCGCCCAGAACCGUUACCACCAGGCUGGGAGCGUCGCAUUGAUCAGAUGGGCCGUGUUUACUUUGUCGACCACAUCACGCGGACCACUACGUGGCAGCGCCCCACGGUGGAGACUGUACGUAACUACGAGCAAUGGCAGCACCAGCGUAGCCAGCUGCAGGGCGCCAUGCAACAGUUCAACCAGAGGUUCAUAUUUGGGACACAGGACCAGACGGCAGCUGCACAGAAUAAGGAGUAUGAUCCUCUUGGGCCUCUACCACAUGGAUGGGAGAAGAGAACAGACAGCAAUGGCCGGGUGUAUUUUGUGCAUCAUCCUACACGUUCGACACAGUGGGAAGACCCACGGACACAAGGCUUGUUGAAUGAGAAGCCACUUCCAGAGGGCUGGGAAAUGAGGUUUACCGUCGACGGUAUUCCCUAUUUCGUAGACCACAACAGGAGAACCACCACCUACAUCGACCCUCGCACUGGAAAAUCUUCACUUGAAAAUGGACCCCAGAUCACAUACGUUAGAGACUUCAAAGCCAAAGUACAAUACUUCAGAUUCUGGUGCCAGCAACUGUCACUGCCUCAGCACAUCAAGAUCACUGUGUCACGAAAAACUCUGUUUGAGGACUCGUUCCAGCAGAUCAUGAGCUUCAAUGCUCAGGAUUUACGACGAAGACUGUGGAUCAUCUUCCCUGGAGAAGAAGGUCUUGACUACGGAGGCGUUGCCAGGGAGUGGUUUUUCCUACUGUCCCAUGAGGUGCUGAACCCUAUGUACUGUCUGUUUGAAUACGCCGGAAAAGAAAACUACUGUCUUCAGAUCAACCCGGCCUCCUACAUCAACCCCGACCACCUUAAAUAUUUCAAGUUCAUUGGCCGCUUUAUCGCCAUGGCACUCUUCCACGGCAAGUUCAUCGACACAGGUUUCUCGUUACCAUUUUAUAAGCGCAUCCUGAAUAAACCUUUAGCCCUUAAAGACCUGGAGUCAGUGGACCCGGAGUUCUACAACUCUCUUAUGUGGAUUAAGGACAACAACAUCGAAGAGUGUGGCCUGGAAAUGUUCUUCUGUGUCGACAAGGAAAUUUUAGGGGAAAUCAGCACUCACGAUCUGAAACCCGGAGGCGGAGACAUCCAAGUCACGGAGGAGAACAAAGAAGAGUAUAUCAGGUUGGUAGCAGAGUGGAGGUUGUCGCGAGGCGUGGAAGAACAGACCCAAGCGUUCUUUGAAGGCUUCAAUGAGGUCCUCCCACAGCAAUACCUGCAGUAUUUUGACGCCAAAGAACUGGAGGUGAUGCUGUGCGGCAUGCAGGAGAUCGACUUGGCAGACUGGCAAAGAAACACAAUCUACAGACACUACACUCGAAACGCCAAGCAGAUCAUGUGGUUCUGGCAGUUCAUAAAAGAGAUGGACAACGAGAAGAGGAUGAGGCUGUUGCAGUUUGUGACUGGUACCUGCCGUCUGCCUGUAGGAGGCUUUGCUGACCUCAUGGGCAGCAAUGGCCCCCAGAAGUUCUGCAUUGAGAAGGUCGGAAAGGAAAACUGGCUUCCCAGAAGUCACACAUGUUUCAACAGAUUGGACCUUCCGCCUUAUAAGAGCUACGAGCAGCUCAAGGAGAAGCUCAUGUUUGCCAUAGAGGAGACAGAAGGCUUCGGACAGGAGUGAUGUUUUGAAAUCAGCCUGAAAAAGGCGGGUACACUGGGAUCACCAUCAUAUGUGGUGUGUUAAUUGUAUCCAUUUCAAAACCAAAAUGCACCACCAUCAAUUCUGUAUCUCAGAAUAAGCGCCAAAUUGGAGGGUAGCGUUCUGGUCCAAGUCUGUUUUUUUGGCCCAGCAUGAUUGUUGGCGCUCACCUAACCUCCAAUUGCUCCUCCUGCAAGUUAUUAAUGAUAAAUAGAAAAACUAGAGAUGUGCACAAAGCUCAAAAUAGACUUGUGUUUGCUCCUCCCACCAGUUAUUGAUGAUAAUUGCACCUUAGAGCAACUAAAAAACCAAGCAACAUCCACCACCAUGAUUGUCUCAUCGGUCUCAUGUAUACUUAAUAAGACUUUUUAAAGACCUUUAAGAAGCAACCAUAACGGCCAAUAAGAACGCAGCACAUUACUGCAAAUUGUGGUGCUUGACACACACAAAUAUGCCAAUGGUGGUUCGGCGUUCCCUGUCGUAUUUUCCAGUCAGAUUGUAAAAAAAAAAAAAAAGUGACGGCACUGAGGAAGUGUUCUAGUUUUAUAGGACCGCAGUGUAUAAGUAGCCUGUCAGCUUUCCGUUAUUUUUAUUUUUUUUGUCAAACACAUGAUCCUUGUGAUGUCCUUUCAGGCAAUGACAAGUGUUCCAAAAUGGUGUAUGUUCAUGUAUAAACACCCCCCCCCCCCCCCCCCAAAAAAGUGGAACCAAAUUCCCUUUUUUGUGGUGUUUUUUUUCCAAGUAAAUCAUUUAACAAAGUGUAUUAACUGUUUGCUUUAGCGCUAACAAAUCACAUAGAUGACCUUCGCAGACCCCCCCCCCCUCCCCCCACCCCCUCAAAGGCUCUAGUGAAUUGAUAAAGUGUUACAUCCUUUAAGCUUUAUUAUUGCACCAAAUACAUUAAAUAAGUGUGGACUAAUGAUGAUGAUAAUAAUAAUAAUACGCAGUGUCUUCGUUUUUGAAGAUUCUUAAUUUUAUGCAGAAACUCCAAACCAAAUGUGGUGUUGCUUGUGAGUCUGAUU